AUGUCUGCUUUUCAUGAGGCCCCAUGUUUAAUAGGUCACAGAAGAACUUCCUCUCGUCAUUGUCCCCGCCUGGCAUUCCUUUCAUGCCAUAAAGCACCAUGGUCCCGACGCACACAGCAGGCAUCGACCAAUGUGCUUGUAUCCCUUUAAAUGCUGUGACUGAAGCGACACAUCAUCUCUGUUGCCAGGCAACAGUGGGAGGGGAAAGGAGAAGGCAGAGGUCGGGGGACAGGCUCCAAGAGGCAGCCAGCGAGAAGCAUGGCAGGCAUUGAGCUGACACAUUUCUGGUCUGGUCUGAGCCCUCUUCUCUAUGGUUUUGGGAGCAACCACGAAACCCAGACACCUCCCCAUCUGAAGUGACAAACCUCAAUGCCUCCAACAGCCUGGGGGCCAGCGUGUUGUGUGCCAUCUGUGGGGACCGUGCAACGGGGAAACACUACGGAGCCUCUAGCUGUGAUGGUUGCAAAGGGUUUUUCAGGAGAAGCGUCAGAAAGAACCACAUGUAUUCUUGCAGGUUUAACAGGCAGUGUGUUGUGGACAAAGACAAAAGAAACCAGUGUCGGUACUGCAGGUUAAAGAAAUGUUUUCGAGCAGGGAUGAAGAAAGAAGCUGUACAGAACGAACGUGAUCGAAUCAGCACCCGGAGAUCCAGCUAUGAAGACAGCAGCCUGCCUUCCAUCAACGUUUUACUGCAAGCAGAAGUACUUUCACAACAGAUAUCAUCACCAAUUUCUGUGAUCAGUGGAGAUAUCAGAGGGAAAAAGAUUGCAAAUAUUGCCGAUGUGUGUGAGUCCAUGAAACAGCAGUUGUUAGUUCUAGUGGAGUGGGCCAAGUACAUCCCAGCUUUCUGUGAGCUUCCUUUGGACGAUCAGGUGGCUUUGUUACGGGCUCACGCAGGGGAACACCUCUUACUGGGAGCAGCCAAACGGUCGAUGGUAUUCAAAGACAUCCUGCUACUAGGAAAUGACCACAUAAUUCCACGAAACUGCCCAGAGUUGAUGGAGGUCAGCCGGGUGGCUGUGCGAAUCCUGGACGAGCUGGUAUUGACUUUCCAGGAGCUGCAGAUUGACGAUAACGAAUACGCUUGUUUGAAAGCCAUCAUCUUCUUUGAUCCAGAUGCUAAAGGCCUAAGUGACCCUGCCAAGAUCAAAAGGAUGCGGUACCAAGUCCAGGUCAGCCUGGAGGACUACAUCAAUGACCGGCAAUACGAUUCAAGGGGACGCUUUGGAGAGCUGCUCCUCCUCCUGCCCACCCUCCAAAGCAUCACCUGGCAGAUGAUUGAGCAGAUCCAGUUUGUCAAGCUCUUCGGCAUGGCCAAGAUCGACAACCUUCUACAGGAGAUGCUGCUGGGAGGAUCGUCGAAUGAUACGCCUCAUGCUCACCACCAUGCUCUACACCCUCACCUUAUCCAGGAUAAUCUGGGGACAAACGUCAUAGUGGCCAACACGAUGCCUGCUCAGAUGCACAAUGGGCAGCUGUCCACUCCUGAAACUCCUCAGCCUUCCCCACCAGCUGGCUCAGGAGCCGAACAAUACAAACUGCUUCCGGGGGCCAUUGUAACAGUUGCCAAACACCCCAGCUCAAUCCCUCAACCCGCCAUCACGAAGCAAGAGGUCAUCUAGCACCCAACUGAACAAAGACACCUGAUGACGCAAAGACUAUGUGGGAGAGGUGGGGACCUCAUCUUGACCACUCUGGACCUGGGAUAUUUGCUGAGAAAUCGUAGGGCACAAAUGCAUCCAUUUAUUGUUUGGGAAUUGCAUGGCAGAAACCAUCUCCAAAUUCAGUUACAGAGAACAUCUGCCCCUGAGCAUUGCAGAACAGAUAGACUAGUCUCGAUACAAGCCUGAUCUGGCAGAGCCGGAUUCCAUAUGCCAUAUGGUGAUUAUUGCAGAAAUUGCACUGACCUGCCUCUUUCUUCACUGCCACCGAGUUCUUAAUUACUUUUGGUUCUGCUUUUCUACAAAUCUGACUUUUUAAAAAUGACAUCUGAAUUUUUGAGGAGGAUACACCUUCAAGUUCUUUGGAGCAUCUUUAAGUAGCCUGAAGCCCUCCAGUGACAUUACAAAGUUACACAAUCCCUGAUGGGCACAGUCCCCAUGGAGGAAGAUGUGGAGAGGUUGAACUGGGCGCUGCUGAAUCACAGAGCUCCUCUUCCAUAGCUCCACUGCCUUGGGGAAGUGUCAGCAGCAAAUGCCUGGCCUAGAUGCUUCCAGUGAUCUUCAGCAAGGAACUGAAUUCAGUGCCAAAAAUGUGUUCUUAAGCAUAGUUAUAUGGUGAUGCUUUAGUUACUGGUGAUUGAUGGGAGGAAGUAGAAGGAUGUUUGGUUAAAGAAUAGCCUUGCUGGGUUAGACCAAGGGCCAUCAAGGCCAGGGAUAGCCAAUUUGAGACACUAUCACUAUUGCUGGACUACAACUCCCAUCAUUCCCAGUCACAAUGGCCAAUAGCCAGAGAUUAUGGGAGUUGUAGUCCAGCAACACUCUUCUUGGGCCUCCAGUUGGCCAUCCCUGAUCUAGUCCAGCAUUCUCUCCUGGCAAAAGUGGCCACCCAGAUGCCUCUGGGAGCUCACAAACACAGUGUAACAAUUAUGGCCUUCCUCUCUUGUUUAUCCUCAGUAUCUGAUACUCAGGUAUACUGCCUCAGUGCAUGAGGUUCUGUUCAACUAUCAUGGCUAAACCCAUCUUUUAUGAAUGUGUCUAAUCUCUUUUAAGAAUAUGAGAUUUCUUUUGCUGGAAGAGACCAAAGUUUAUCUGUGUAGGAGGAUGUCUCUGGGCUGAAGUAGUUAGGCUGAUGAUGGUACCCUCAUUCCUCUCCUUCAUCCAAGACACAGUUGCUUAGUUUUAUGGCUCGAUGGUGGGGAAAUGUGCUUCGGUGAAUAUCAUGCUCAGGCGAAGCAGUGUCAGCUCCAUCCAUUUCUUGCCCCUGUUUGUAACAACCCCAGGUGCUACUAUAUUGGGGAUUAUGUGGAGGGCCCAGGCCCAAGGCCUCACGCCACAGGCCUCACCAUUGCCAACAGAGUUCAUAGCCUAAAGCAGCCCGUAGACUGCUCCUAUAAAGACCAACAACACAUUUUGCCAGGAUUCAUGGUCAUUGCAUUAUAAUGCAAGCACUCUCCUGCAGGUGUGUAGCUAAGGCAGAGCGGUUUGCCCCACUCUCUGGAGGCCCCUUUCAUGUGCCAGCCACGCCCCCUGCAUGUGAUAUCAUAUGCAGGGGGGGUGGCCAGCACCCAGAAGGCCCAGCACGGCCCUCCAGAGCUCACUUCCCAGUCGGCUUUGGUGUCGCUCCGAACGAAGACAAUACCCAGUCGACAACAAAGCCGGCUGGGAAUGAGGCUGGCUGGAGCGAGGGGCAAGCCAGGCGGC